AUGACAACUGCUAGAAUUUGCGAAUUCAAUAAGAAAUUUAAUACUAAUUUUCAAAUAUAUAUGCCCAAACAUAGACAUUUUCAACCAAAGAAAGUAACCGAAGAAUUAGAUUGGGUUUUUUAUUUACACAAAGAACAUUUCUGUUUGAUAAGAAGAAAUAACAAAGCUUUGGGCAUUAAAGAAAUAGAAGAUAAUUACGAUGAAAACGUAUGGAGAACUUGUGAAGAUGAUAAUGCGGUAACGCAAGUUUCACUUCUAAAACUAAACGUUUUUCCAACCAUUCCCGAUCAUUGUUUAUACGCAUGGGAUUGCGAAACCUAUUGCGAAAAAGAAACGAAUAAAGCCAUUCCUUAUUGUUGUACUUUAGUCAAUUUGGAAAAACUGAGGAAAAGAUUAGAUGAUUAUAAUAAUUACUUACGUGAUUUAAGUGAUUUUAAUGAGACUCUAGAUUUUAAGCCGUCAGAUCCCAUUUCAGAAGAAUUUUACAACAAACUCAUGACUAAUAUAGUAGAAAUAUUUGUAGGUACAGAUUGUAUAGAUCAAAUGUUACAACGUUUAGGAAAAGUAGAUGAGAAACGACUAACCUUAAUUUCCCAUAACGGCAGUGGAUUUGAUAACUGGAUCAUCAUCAAAAACGUAAAAAAACUAACACAAUGCCCUUUAAAAACAGCUAGAGGAAUUCUGUCUCUACCUUUAACUAAUUCAUUCACUGAUGAAUAUUUACAGAAAAAAUGGAAAAGACAGAAAGAAAUAAAGGGUAACUCUAAUUAUUUGCAAAAUAUUAAUUUCACAUGUUCCUAUCAACACGAAUCAUCUAGUUUGGCAGCAUGGGGAAAAUCAUCUAAUCUACCAAUGAAUUUGAGAAAGAUCGAGGAUGUUAAUAUUGCAAAAUACACUAAAGAUAAUUGGGAAUCUUUAAGACACGAAUGGGAACCUUACGCUAAAAGAGAUACUCUAUAUCUCAGAGCUUGUUUGAUAAAAUACAAUCAAGCCAUGAAAAAAACUGUCUUCCAAAACGUUUCCAAUAAUCUAACGGCUCCUUCUUUAUCUUUAAAGGGUUGGUAUUAUUACGAUAAAGAAAUGGUUGAAGAAGAAUGGUAUGAAAGUACUAGAAUGGUUCCGAAACAUACGGAAAAACAAAACGUAGAAAAAGUUUACUCGCAUACUCACCCUUUUAUAAGAUAUUUUAUCAGACAAAGUAUUAAAGGAGGAAGAAAGGAUAUAAAUACAUCGAGACAUCUAUGGAGUGAAGCGAUUUUUAAAGCCAACUUCGAUUCACACGUCAAAAGCUAUGAAAAAGGAAAUGAUAGUCAAUAUUUAGUUGAGAUGAAUGAAGAAGAAAAAGAGUUUGUUCCUCCAGAGGAUUUUACUAGAUUAACACCCACUCAUUUAGGUGCAUUUAUAUUAUCUCACAGUAAAAAAAUAAUGAACAAUUUCAUUCACGUCAUAGAUGGAUUUUAUAAGCCGGAAAUAUACUAUACAGAUACCUAUAGUUUAUACAUUUCGUCUUGUAAUUGGGAUAAAUUAAAUGAAGCUGGGUUGGUGUCUGAAAACGAAUAUAGCAAAGGGAAGAAUGAUUACGGUGAUGGUGGAAUCAUAUUUGGUUUAUAUUUAGCGCCAAAAGUAAAAUACAAUAUCAUUCUAACUUCCGACGGUGUUUUAAAAGAAAAGAAAACGUUUAAGGGUUACUCUAACUAUAAGAUUAAGGUAGAAGACUACAUUCAAUUAGCUAGUGGACAUGACGUAACGAAUAAAUUUAAGAAACCUUGGGUAAGAAGUUUCACCAAUGGAAUAGUUAUUCCUAAUGAAAAACAAAAGAAAGUUUUCAGAAGUUAUCUGAAUCUCGUUAAGAGAAAAGCACCAAACAGUGAAGGAAUUGUGUAUCCUUACAACAAUAAAGAUGAGAUGUGUUUGGAUGAAAACUUUGAAUUUGAUGAUUUCGAUUAUCUAACUAUUCAAGAAGAGAAUGAAGAGUGUUAA